CAUUCCUUGGCUCCAAUGUACUACCGAGGUUCAACAGCAGCUGUGAUAGUUUAUGAUAUCACCAAACAGGAUUCAUUUCAUACUUUGAAGAAAUGGGUGAAAGAACUAAAAGAACAUGGUCCUGAAAACAUUGUAAUGGCCAUCGCUGGAAACAAAUGUGAUCUUUCUGAUAUCAGGGAGGUUCCUAUGAAGGAUGCCAAAGAAUAUGCAGAAUCUAUAGGUGCAAUUGUUGUUGAAACCAGUGCAAAGAAUGCUGUUAACAUUGAAGAACUUUUUCAAGGAAUAAGUCAGCAAAUUCCACCCUUAGAUCCUCAUGAAAAUGGUAACAACGGAGCAAUCAAACUUGGAAAGCAGACUUCACAGAUGGGUAGGCGGUGCUGCUGACCCAACUUGAUCUUUUUAGAUUUACUUGAAA